UCGUGUUGUACGGCCCAAAUAUUGAAAACACCAGUAUCAGUUUUGAUCAUUUUCAUCGGUGCUGUCAGGAACAACAGGUCCAACUGACACAAUUCUGCUCUCUCUUCUAUCAUCUUGUCCAUCAGCCAGAAGCAUGGCCACGGCACAGUCAACACUGAUGUUCGCAGUGUGCAUCCUGGUGAUAACAGAACUCAUACUGGCCAGAAAGGACUACUAUGACAUCCUCGGUGUGCCAAAAGACGCUUCCGACCGUCAGAUCAAAAAAGCUUUUCACAAGCUUGCCAUGAAAUAUCACCCUGACAAGAACAAGAGCCCCGAUGCGGAAACCAAAUUUCGAGAGAUUGCUGAAGCAUAUGAAACCCUAUCGGAUGAGAAAAGGCGGCGAGAGUAUGACCAGUUAGGAGACAACGCAUUCAGCAAUGAAGACAUGAAAGGAGGGCAGCGUUUUCAUCAUUCCUUUGAUUUCAACUUCGACGACAUGUUCAGAGACUCCGACAUCUAUAGCCAAAACAGGCACGCUCGCCAAAAACGGCACUUUGACGAGCACUUAAAGGCCCACCAGCAAGCACACAACCGCCACAAGAGACACUUCCAGGGCGCUUUUGGUACCGGAACCUUCGAGGACAUGUUUGAAGAUAUGGAGAAGAUGUUUACAUUUGACAGACACAUAAAAAGAACAGAGAGCAGGUUUCAGGGCACAACCAAACAACACUGCAGAACGGUGACCCAGCGAAGAGGAAACAUGGUCACCACGUACACGGACUGCACCUCAUCCUGAACAUCAGCUCGGACCACCACACUUGUGUUUUUAUGUCUGAUUUAGAUUGAGUUAUUAAUUUGCUGCUGUAAUGAUGAUUGGGGGUUGAUUUUACCAGUGACUGAUCUGUUAUUGAAGAUGCAUUUGGAGUUUCAGUUGGUUUGAUUGAUAUCUACAAUUGACACUACAUUGGAUGGUGGCCUCUUAAUAGCCUCAAAGUCUAGGUUUAGACUUUUUAUGAGUUUGUUUUCAUCCCUGCAGCACCAAAACAUUAAGAAAAGGUCAUUAGUUUAUUGAUGAGAAACUAUUUGAUGACGCUCUAAUUAGUGUGAAUUUAUGUUGAAAUCGCACUUUCUUGACCAUAUGAAGCAAGUUGUUAUAUGCACUAAAAUUCAGUUUCAUGCCUGGCUAACAACUAAACUCCCCUGUUAUAUUGAAAGACUGAAUGUGCAGAAAUCCUGAAUCAUCAUGACAGACCAUUUAGCUCUUCCAUUAACUUCUCCACUUAUCCAA